ACUUGCUAUAAAUUCAACUUGUGCUCAGCAUCCUAUGCAUCUGCAACGUACACCAAGUUAAAGGCCAGAAAAUAAUGGAUAUCUAUGUUUACUUUAACCCUAUCUCUCGCCUCAUUCUUCACUUCUUGCUCUUGUUAUUUUUGGCAUCUUCGUGCCUAAACAAUAGCAGUGUCGUGGUGGAAUCAUGCAUGGAGGAAGAGAGGCGAGCACUUCUCAGCUUUAAACAAGAUCUCAGUGAUCCUUCUGGUAAGCUUUCUUCUUGGGCUGGUCACGAAUGCUGCCAAUGGACAGGGAUUUCAUGCAACAACCGCACUGGUCAUGUUGCAACGGUUGACCUCCGUAAUACAUAUCCAUACACCUUUGGUGAUGAUCAGUGGAACACCACGGAGUAUGAAGAAUCUUGUUUGGGGGGUAAGUUAAUUAAUCCUUUUUUGCUUGGCUUGAAACAUUUGAGUUACUUAGACUUGAGCUUGAAUGAUUUUCAAGGGACUCACAUUCCCAAGUUCAUUGGGGAGCUUACAAGUCUGAGAUAUCUCAAUUUUUCAAGUCUGAGAUAUCUCCCUUUGAAUUCAUCAGUUGCGGGAGAGAUUCCUUCUUCUCUUGGUAACCUCUCAAACUUGAACUAUCUUGACCUCAGUUCUAGUUAUUCUCUUUCUCCCAAAAACUUGAAUUGGCUUUCUCAUCUCUCUUCCCUAAAAUACCUCAAUCUUGGAGGUGUGAACCUUAGCAGCACAGGAGUUAGUUGGCUACUUGAGGUUAACAUGCUUCCUUCACUCUUAGAGUUGCAUUUGUCUAGUUGCGAAAUUGGUGGAAACCAGCUUCCACUCUCCAUGCCUACAAUUAACUUCACAUCACUUUUGGUCCUUGAUAUGUCAGGGAAUAGUAUUAAUUUUUCAUAUCCUAAAUGGAUGUUUAAUCUUACUAGCCUUACAAAAGUUGAUUUGGGUGGGAAUUCUGUCAGUGGCCCCUUUCUUGAUGAAUUUGUAAGACUCAAAUCUCUAGAACACCUUGACUUACAGAGUGUAGGACUCAAAGGUCAAUUUCCCAAAUUUAGUGGAAAUUUGUGCAGGCUCAAGUCAUUAAGUCUUGCAAGGAAUCAAAUUGAUGGGGGGAUUGAAGAGUUUUUGAGUGGUUUCUCAAAUUGUUCAUUUAAUAGAAUGGAUUCACUAGAUUUGCAAGAGUGUGGGCUGGUAGGCAAAUUGCCUAGUUCGUUGGGAAUGUUGAGAAGCCUGCAGCAUCUCGAUCUCAGCUACAACUCUUUUUGGGGAUCCAUUCCAGAAUUUAUUAUCAGCAAUUUAUCAUCCUUGCAGACACUUGAUCUCAGUGACAAUAUUUUCAACGGUUCCAUUCCUCAAAGUUUGGGAAAACUUUCUCAGCUAGUUAGCCUUUAUCUAUCUUACAAUUCAUGGGAAGGCAAUUUAACCGAAGCCCAUUUCAUAAAUCUCACGAAAUUAGAGUCUUUUGCAGUUAGCACAGCCCAACCUGUGCCCAUCAUUUUCAAUUUGAUUGAUUAUGAAUGGAUUCCUCCUUUCAAGCUCCACCACAUUGAAAUGCACAACUGCCGAGUAGGCCCCGGCUUCCCUGUAUGGCUACAAUCUCAAACUGAGCUCGUGUGGGUCUCACUUAAGAAUGCUGGAAUCUCGGGUCCAAUACCAGAGGAAUGGGUCUUUAAGAUAUCUUCCCAGAUCCAUGGGUUGGAUUUAUCUUCCAAUCAAAUAAGCGGAAAGCUUCCGUUCCGAUUCAACUCUUUUCUGAAUCUGCGUUCCAUAGUUUUGAGCCAUAAUCAAUUUGAUGGCACUAUUCCAUCAUCUAUUUGUAGCAUUCAAUCUCUAUCUGAACUUGCUCUGAAUAACAAUCAGUUAUCCGGAGAAUUCCCUAAAGAAUGGAGUUUGUGGAGCAACAUAAUCAUUGUGGAUGUCUCAAACAACAUUAUGUCUGGUAAUAUUCCAAGCUCAAUGGGCAUUCCAAGUUCUCUUUAUAUACUAAAGACAGACAACAAUCAUUUUAGCGGAGAUAUUCCUUCGGCCUUGCAAAAUUGCUCAUUAUUGAAUAGACUUUAUCUUGGAGGCAACAAAUUUACUGGAAGCAUACCUUCUUGGAUAGGAUCAAAAGUAUCCACAUUCGCAGUGCUGCAAUUGCAAUCAAACUCUUUAAGUGGACAUAUUCCUCAUCAUUUGUGCAGUCUUCCUUUCCUUCAGAUCCUAGACCUUAGUCACAGGAAACAAAACAAAAAGAAAGCAGUAGUUAUAUAUUAUGCUUUCUGAUUUUUAUCUAUUCUAUCUAUGCAGUAAUGUACGAUGUACAUUUCCUUAUGAACCUUGUUGUUUGAUUAGAUGUUGCUGUUGUUAUUUUGGUAAUAGCAGCAAUGAUUUAGCUGCUAUGCUUUUCUUUUUUCACUUGUAUGGUCAGUCUGAGUGUCCUUAUUAUCAAGUUUGGCUUUUGUUUUUGGUAGAAAGUUGUGAAAUUUCCUUGAAGAGGUAAGGUUCUAUGUCCCCCUCUUGGUUUGUAAAUUUUUCUGUUUCAUAUGAAUAAAAUGGGGGGAUUGGGGGGAGUGGGGGUCGCACUUCCAAUGGCUAGACC